GGCAGCACUGUUGUAAAAAAACUUUGACCACAUGUUUAUUUUGGAACGUUGAAAAACAAAAAAGAAGAAAAAAUUUGAAUCCGAUUUUCUGUUGUUUUUGGUUGUUAUCGAAAAAUGGGACGUAAAAUUUAUAUUGGUAAACCAACCGAUCAUUUAGGUCGUACUGUAUUUCAAAUAUUGGCUAAUCUAAAGAAUUUCGGUAUCGGUCGUAUGUUAACUCGUCAUGAAUUUGAUAAAUUUCCUGAACCAUCAUAUCAUAUUGUUAAACGUGUACAAACAUAUAUGGACCCUGAAUUAAAAUAUGGUACAAUUUGGUGUGAAACCGUAAUACGUGGUAAACGUUUACCCGAUAUUCGACCUUUGACAAUAACCUAUCGACCGGAUUUUCGUUUAAUACCGAAAGAUGAAGAAAAAGAAUUUAUCGGUAAUUAUUCGAUAACAAAUUUAGGUGAUAAUAAAAAUAUAUUACCUAAAUAUUAUCAAUUACCACCAUUGAUGCGUGAAUGGAUGCAUCGUUAUAAAGCAAGACGUCAUCAUCAUGAUCAAGAUGAUCAAAGUCUUGAAGAAUUUCUUAUACCAUUUGUAUAUCAGGACAGGAAAGAUUUGAAAAAAACAGAUGCCGAUCUAUUUUGGAUUGCUAAUCGUUUGGCUGAAGAUGGAGAAAAAGCUACAAUCGAUUUUGAUGGUCAUUAUCAUUUUAAUCAAGAUUAUUUAGAAAAUUGUACAAAAUAAUUGUUUUCUGUUUUAGCCAAAAAAUGUUUGUAAAUAUAAAU